AAAUCUCUUGCCUGAAAAAGACGAAAGCAGCUGGCCUGGGUGCAAUUCGUUUCUUAACCCCAGAGUGAGAAGUUCCGGAGCCCGUAGAGCUGCAGGAAAAAUUCCAAUAAGCUUGUAUUCUGCAAGCAGCUAAUAGUAUCUAAAAUGCUAUAAAGCACUGGCAACAACUUGUCCACCAGAAUAAUAAUCAAAAAGAAAAAUCUACACCAAGAAACAAUCAAAAUGAAUCGUCUGCUGCUGCAGUGUCUAGUGACCACCAUCCUGGUCUACAAAGUGAUUUCCGUGCCAACCACUAGCACGAUGAGCACCAGCAUACAGACGACCUCGGAGAUACCACAGCAGGACGAUGACGACGACGACUGGGAUGAGGAUGAUGACUCCCUGGAAUCGGACGACGAUGGACGCGUCUACAAGAAUCCCCGAAACUCUCCCUCUACCGAGUGCCCCCGCGACGAGGAGCAGGCCACUCUCCUGGGUCAAAAGUGUCUGAGGAAGUGUUCCUCCGAUGAGGACUGCAAAAGCAAAAAGAAGAAGUGCCUGUGCGACGGCGUUUGUGGCAACUCCUGUAUCAAGCCAGAUCGCGAAUGCCCGGAGCUAGCACAGCCCACCUUAGGCCAAGUCACUGUUGCUGGUCGUCACUUCGGAGCUCGUGCGUCCUAUGCCUGCCCCCAUGGCUACCAUGUGGUGGGUUUGCAGAGUCGCCUUUGCCAGGCGGACGGGAAUUGGGCCGGUGCCGAGCCAGCCUGUAAGCAGAACAUUUAUUGCCUGAAGCCGCCACAGAUUGAACAUGCCCGGAAUUCAGCCCUGCCGGAGCAGGAGACCUUUGACCUGGACUCCACAGUGCAGUAUCAUUGCCACACCGGGUACGUGACCAACGGAUUUCCCAGGGCCAAGUGCCUGGCCAUUGACAACCAGGCUAGCUGGUAUGGUCCGGAUAUUCAGUGCGAACCUCGCACAUGUGGACAGCCUCCGGAUCCGGCCUAUGGAUGGCAUGCCGGCGAAUGCUAUACGUACGGAUGCAAGAUCACAUACAAUUGCGGAACAGGGUACGAGCUGGUGGGAAAACACGAGCGUUAUUGUCAGUCGGAUGGAUCGUGGACCCCCAAGGAGCUGCCCACCUGUGUCUUGGUCACCUCGGUGGUGUGCCCCACCCCGGAGAACCCCAAGAACGGUAAGGCCACCUACACCACCCUGGCCUACAAUUCGGUGGUGAGCUACGAGUGCCGCUACGGCUAUACCCUCGUGGGCGAGAGCUCCAGUCGAUGUGGUGCAGAUCGAAAGUGGAGUGGCACGCUGCCCACCUGCAAGGAAAUUAAUUGCGGUCAUCCUGGAGUGCUGUACAAUGGAUGGAUUGAGAACAUUGAGGCCGGUACUGGCCUGGGGGCGAGCAUCAUUUUUAGAUGCCAGCCGGAAAUGACGAUCAACGGCUUGGGAUCGAGUGUCUGUCAGAUUGACGGUCGGUGGCGGAACGCACUUCCCGAGUGUCUGGCUCCUUGUGUGGUGCCCACCAUUUCGCAAGGCAUCGUCAUCCCCAUCGAGAUAACUACGGAUGAGAACGGGACAACUAUCAUCACGCCUACCACCACGACGACCCAGUCGCCUACUCAGACCCAGACUAUCGGGGGCGGCGGGGUGGAAAAGGUGAAACAUGGCACGGCCUUGGAGGUGAAGUGCGAUGAAAACUACGAGUUUCCUGUCUCAGUGCUAAGUCCACCCACCUGCAACAACGGCACCUGGAGCAUCAUACCUCGCUGCGUUCCAGCCAGAUGCAAGAGCAUGCCCCGGCCCCCGAAGCAUGGAAUGGUAAUGGCGCCCAAGACGGAGCACGGGAUGAAGGCACGAUUCAAAUGCAAGGAUGGCUUUAAGCUGGUCAGUCCCGAGGGAAAGGAUGUGACUGAUCCUCAUGACUAUGUCCUGACCUGCUCAUUCGGCAACUGGACGGGGGAGACGCCCAAGUGCGACGAGGUCUUUUGCUCCUUCCCCGGAUAUAUCAAAAACGGAAAGGUGCUUCUAGUGGGCAACAUGGGGUUAUAUGACUACAGGCCCUAUGUGAAGAAAAUAGUGAACAAUAAGCAGAUUAUGUACGAUUGCGAAAAGGGCUAUGUCCUAGAGAUUGGUCCGCCGGGAGCCACCUGCGUGGGUGGUAAGUGGCGUCCCCUAGAGCUGCCUCAAUGUCUUCUGGGGCAGCAUCCCCGUCUUCGCUGGAAUCGUCGUCGUCGUCGUUCUCUUCAGAUCCGGCAGCUUAGAUCGGUGUACCUGCUGAGGCGGCAGCGUCAGCUCCAAAGACAGCUACUUGAGAAUCAGAAAUAUCUUCAAACUGAAAAUCUUCCCAUUCAACCGUCAGGUCACCACCGCGUCAAAAGGAGCCCCCAGCCAAAGCCGAAACCACAUCCUUCCGACAUCGACCUUGCCUACUCAAAGUAUUACCAGAAAAUCAAGGAACGCUACCAGCGCUACGUAGCCAAAAUGCUGAGCCAUGAUCAGAUCUAUCGAAAAAUUUAUGACCACGACCCCAGGAGUCAGAAUCUGUAUGCCUACGACCAUGGAGAGAUGAUCUUGCACAGCAAGACCAACUAUAAGGACGUAGAUCGUGGAAACAACUACGGAAACAGUGGGAACACCGGAAACAGAGGAGUGGUACCUCUACCCAAUAUUAACCAGCGGACGGGGUCUCGACCGAAGGGCAGAGGCAAUCAUGUGUCCAAUGAUCCGCCCUUGGCUAACCAUUCGCCGCCAAUGGAUGCGCGCAUUAACCACGUAAACGCAACUCGGUCCUACAUCGAGCAACUAAAGGCUCAAAUGGUCCGGAGGCGGCGUAAACGAAACUCCAGCCAGGCGCCUCCUCCGUCAGCGGCCACGCUUCCUGAAGUGGAUGUAGACAGCAGCGACGGUGGCGAGGCCGGCGGUAAAGGGGGCAACGGAAAGAGACUGCGCGGACCUUGCGAAGAUCUCGACUGGGAUAGCUUUGCCAAUGUUACCACAGUGCGUCCGGGCAAGGCUCCGGGCAGAAAUGCCGUCGGAAUUAUGCUUCAGCUGGAGUGCAACGCCGGAUUCAAGCUAAACAUCAAGGGCGAGAACGCCACGGCAAGGUGCAUCCGGGGUAUCUGGAAGCCGGAGACGCCGAAGUGCCUCUCUGCGCCUUGUUUGGUCCCAGCCGUGGAACAUGGACAAUAUUACAAAGUGGAACCGCAUACGAAGCAGCUUAGCGACAAGCCCUCCCUUACGCCGCUGUCCACAUACGAGGAGAUCCAGUCCAACGAGUUCAUUACCCUGGAGUGCGAGGAUGGGUUUAACAUUCAGGGCUCCGCUCAACUCCGUUGUGCUCAUGGUUCGUGGUCGGUGAAUGCCUUCUCCGAGUGCACCUCGGUGCCCUGCACCUUGCCCAAUAUUCCGGGAGUGAUUUACGACGGAGGCUAUCGAGCGGGAUUAACCAUAGGUCAUGGCAGUACUGUUAGUGUUCGCUGUGACCUCUCCACCAAUAACAAUCCCAUCGAAAUGUCGUGCCACAAGGGGGUCCUUACCCCGCCAAGUAUUCACUGCGAGUCCGGAUUAAGGAAGUCACGCGAGGAAGUGGAACAUGCCACGCCCACACCCACGACUCACAAGGUGGACUCUAAGGUGGAGCACAAUGAGCUGGAAAACGAUCACGAUCACCACCACGACAACGGGACAGAUGACCACGACGAUCUGAAGAUGUGCGGGCCGCCCAGCCUUACUGACGGAGCCCUGGUCUACAAGAAUGCCGACCACCCCGAGCUGGAUGGCGCCUACGAAAGCGGCACUGAGAUCUUCUUCAACUGCAUCCCCAAUGCGGCCGGAGAUCGGCAGACAUGGCGCAUAAUCUGCGACAAUGGCCAGUGGAUAGGACGGUCCUAUAAUUGCGAGAAUGGAACUUGUGUGUUCAAGAACAACGAGCCCAAUGUGGUUAGUUUUUACAAUGACCUGGAGAUUCGCGAAGAUGUAGUGGAUUUCCCACCAGGGGCCAGUAUCAUCUCUAGGUGUGUGGACAUUGGAAAAUUCUCUAUGACCGGUAGCCAUGAAAGGACCUGCAUACAUUCCGAGUGGACCAAUACCAAGCCCAUCUGCUCUGGUCUCAAUCAGGAAAAUGACUAUGCAAUGGAGAAAGCUCCGACUAUCCUGUUUCGCCAUCAGAACGGACCUAUUGCCCAAAGCAAUGAUGGCAAGCUGAUCGUUUAUCCGGGUACUACUCUUCAUAUGGAGUGUCUGUGGAUGCGGCGUUUUGGAAAUCCCAAGUGGAACGUCAGUCAUACACACAAGAACUACACGGAGGGCUGGGUAACCGAAGCCGACGAGGGCAGGGACUCGACUCUUGAGUACCGGCUGAGCAUCUUCGACGCAGCUAGCGAGGACACCGGCUUCUACUCCUGCAUGACACCGGCGAGGCACGAGCACACCGUCGAGGUGGUUGUGCUGGCAAUCAACUGCCCCGAGAUACCGAUGCGGCGAGGACUGAUUGUAAACACCAACGACACUAAACUGAGCACCCGCGCCCUGUUGUCCUGCGCCAAUGGGAACUCGCUGAUCGGGGCCUCGGAGCUUUUCUGCCUGCCGAGUGGCAAUUGGAGCGCUCCGUUGCCGGUUUGCGAGAGCGUCGAGUGUGGCGACAUCCCGUUGGGGAGCAACGCGAGCUCGCCGCGCGUCUCUGUGCUGUCGCGCGAGGUGGGCGGCCGAGCGGCCUUCUCGUGCGCAUCUGGAUAUGGAUUGCGCGGCCCAGCAGAGGCCAUUUGCAAUCCGACGGGCGAGUGGUCAGCACCGCUGCCCACCUGCGUUGAGGUGCAAUGCGACAACCCGGGGGCGCCGCAAAACGGUUACGCCCAAGGCUCGGCCCCUUAUCGGGCCGGCGAUGUGGUCCAGUUCAAUUGCAACCCGGAGUACAUGAUGCAGGGCCAACCGAUCAUAGCCUGCCAGGACAACGGGCGCUGGUCGGGUGGGCUACCCAAGUGCGUCCAGGCCUGCUCCUACCCGGGCACGGUCAUCAGCGGUCGGAUGUCCUCCGUCAAGUUUUACUACGCCAUCGGCGAGAGCAUCACAUUCACCUGCGACGCUGGCCUCGAGCUGCGCGGUUCCAAGGUACUCAAGUGCCUGAAGAACGGAAAAUGGUCCAGCGCUAUUCCCACAUGUGUCGCCAACGAUGGCCCUGCGCCCGGAUCCGUCAGCUCCACCAAGCACCUGGCCACCACCAUGGGAUAAGUUCCUGAUCGGUCCGGAUCAUAAUCAAACAACGAGUGCUUGGGAACUUGAUGCGUUAUACCAGAGUGAUAAUAAAACAUAUUGCGUACUAACUAGAGCACAUUCGAGCGCAUAGUCACGCCUCUACUAUAUUAACUUGCGAUUCAAUUAAAUGACAAUUUGCAAUUGUAAUUGUACCCGUAUUGCACGCUCAUCAUUUUACUAUUAAUAAAUGUUCGUCGCAUGAAUGAA